AUGGACAUUCGAGCGCAUGCAGAGCGCUGCAUGAAGGACACGGAGGUUAUUCUUCGCGAUGCCCAAGAAUGGAUGGGAAACUUCAUAACUACAGACCAUCAGAAGAACGAAGUCAUUACAGUCAGUUCUAUCCUAUUCCGGGUCCCUGUCCAGGUCCCCCACGGACAUCUCGGUCAUUCACCCUCGUCGCACCCCUCCUUUGCGGCAUGUUACCGUGAUCCUUCAAUUCCCGCUGCCCUCACGAUUGCCCGGUGCACGCAUGCAUCAGGAACUGGUCUGUCUGGUCAGCUCUCAAUUGCUGCUUUAAUUCAGCGACUUGAAGAUGAGCAACAUCAAAAGGACCAGCUCAAGCGCGACUUGGCCGCUGAGCAUAAAUCGCGAAAUAACUUCCAGAUGGAGGCUGAGCGAUACGAAUCUGUCGUGCAGAGACUAGAGCAGAAAAUUAAUGAAGGGUCUUUUAUUGCGGUUCUUAUAGACGGCGAUGGGGCGAAAUUUGCAGACGCAUUUAUUCGCAACCCUGUUGACGGCGCCCCCAGAGCCGCUCAAGUUCUUAAACAAGCAGUGCGCACUUAUAUUGAGAAUGAGGUUCCUGAACUCAACGGUGACGACAUACCGAUUCUGAUCCGUGUUUACGCCAACCUCAAUGGCCUAGCCCAGUCGCUGCGACUAUCCAGAAUCAUUGAGAGAGAUGAGGAUAUGAAAAUUUUUGCCGAACACCUUACCAACAGCCGUACGGAGGUUGAUUUUGUUAAUGUUGGAAGAGGCAAAGAAAACGCCGACUCCAAGCUUAGAAAAAUGCUCAGCCAUUACCACAACAACCUACAGUGUAAGAAGAUUUUCGUCGCCUGCUGCCACGAUAAUGGUUACCUUCAUGACCUACGUGAGUACAGCGACAAGAAUGGGCUUAACAAGAAGAUCAUCUUGGUCGAGACAACCCCAGCAGAGCCUCAGUUUCAGACUCUCGGUUUUCCUAUAACUAGGUUCGAUGGCGUUUUCCGCUCCAGGCCCUUGGAUAACGAGACCAAGCACUUGCCUCCACCCCUCAGAACGAAUUCAAUUCAAGAUACGUCACCUGCUGCCGGGCUUCCUGUUAGACAGCAGUCCCUGCCCCAGGCUUUUCCCCCGCCGCCACCCCAGCCGCUUCCCCAGUCGCUUCCCCAACCGCUUCCCCAACCGCUUCCACAGGCGUUGCCAAAGUCACCAGAGCAGCCGACACCGCAGCCGCAGCAACAACCGGCUCGAUUUGUGCCUACUCCGGCAAGCAGCGAGUCUCAGCCCUCUCCGGCUCCCGUCAAGGCCGAGAUCGAGGCUGUCCCUCGCGCCCCAAGCAUUGUCAACUCUGGAAAUGGCGGGACCUCCAUCAGCUAUGCUACUGCUGGGGGCCAUGGUGGUGACUUUCAAAACAUUACAAUCAAGUCUUCCAAGUCCAAGAAGCAGGCCAAAACUAUUCUCUAUAACAGUGAGGGCAGCCGCAUCGACCCACCCACUAAGCACCCCGCCAACACGCCCGCUCAGAGCACCUAUCAGACCAAGCUGGAGAAGGUUGCCCCUAAUGCAUUCUGUAACGACCACUAUCUAGUUGGUAUCUGUCGCCGAAGCGGCUGCGAGCGCGUGCACAAUAUCGACCUCACUCCCCAGGAGGUCUCAAUUCAUCGCUACAAGGCCCGUACUAGCGUCUGCCCCCGUGGCCCCGAAUGCGACGACUACGAUUGCUACCUCAGUCACCAUUGUCUUAAGGAUCCCCGAUGUGUGCGUGGUAGCGCUUGCAAGUUCUACAACACGGAGUAUGGCAAUCUACACCUCGACAGCAAUGAGAAAUUGCAGCCCGCCACUCGAUGGACUCAGGGCAGUGACUUCCCAGAGCACCUACAGUAA